UAUAAAUAAUGGCUUUCUCAUCCUUUUUUCUUUUUUUCUGUUAUCUAAAUCCUCUUUUCUAUUCUUCAUGGUGAUCCAGUCUACUCUUCCUCCAAUUCAAGUACCUGAAAUAGGUAUCAUUCAAUUUUUAUUUAAAAACACAAACAACACACCUGAAGAUCGUCCAUUGCUGAUUGAUGCCCUUACGGGUGAAAGCUUGACAUUUGGUCAAAUCAAGGAUCGCAUACUUCAGUUUGCUGCUACUUUGCAAGAUAGAUUUCAGUUCAAGAAGGGCGAUGUUGUAGCUGUUUUUUCACCUAAUCAAAUGGAUUAUUCGAUUCCUUUGCUCGGUGCUAUUGCUGCUGGAGGUGCAACUACACUUGCCAAUCCCAACUAUAAUCCCAAAGAACUCGCUUAUCAACUUGAAAUGACAAAAGCCAAAGUGCUUAUCGCUCAUGCUUCUAACAUCCAAUCUGCUUUAGCUGCUGCUGAGUUAGUUGGUCUUUCAAAAUCCAACAUCUUUGUGUUUGACAAGCAAGCUGUGGAUGGUGUACUUCCCUAUACGCAAGUCUUUUUAAACAAACGUCGUGCUGUACCUGUUGAAUUGACAGCUGAAGAAACCAAAGACUCUGUGGCCUACCUUUGUUUUUCAUCAGGCACCACAGGUAGAAGCAAAGGCGUCAUGACCACUCAUACCAACAUGACAUCUAACAUUUUACAGUAUUGUGCUUUGGAUCAUGCCUUUGUCAAUGGCAACAAGGACCGUAUGAUUGGCGUGUUGCCCUUUUUCCAUAUCUUUGGCCUGACACUCUUGAUCCAUGUCGCUCUUUAUUUAGGCAUACCCGUCUAUGUGAUGCCUCGAUUUGAUUUGGUUCAAUUCUGCGAAACGGUUCAGAAACAAAAGAUUACGUUCACUUGUCUUGUGCCUCCUAUCAUCUUGUUGUUAGCCAAACAUCCCAUCAUUAACCAAUACGACUUGAGUUCGCUCCAGUUGGUGAUUUGUGGCGCUGCUCCUUUAGGCGCCGAUCUGUCUCAACAGGUCAAGAAGCGAUUGCCUAAUCUAGUGAUCAAGCAAGGCUAUGGAUUAACAGAAACAACACCUGUGGCUAUUGCAGAACCUACAGAUCGCGUGGUACCUGGAUCGAUUGGUAUUUUGGUCUCAAGUAUGACAGCAAAGAUUGUGGAUGAAGACGGAAACGAGGUGCCUACAGGUGAACGUGGUGAAUUAUGGCUCAAGGGGCCUAAUGUCAUGAAGGGAUAUAUCAAUAAUCCUGAAGCGACAGCGGAUUGUAUUGAUCAAGACAAUUAUUUCCAUACGGGUGAUGUAGCUAUUCAAGACAAGAAUGGGCAUUUCUUUAUUGUGGAUCGUAUAAAGGAGUUAAUUAAAUACAAAGGAUUUCAAGUACCACCUGCUGAAUUAGAAGCUCUUUUGCUUAAUUCACCUCUUGUGGCUGAUUGUGCUGUUAUUGGUAUCUAUGAUCAUGAACAAGCAACUGAACUUCCUCGCGGUUAUAUUGUCUUGAACGCAGGUGUGCCUGCUACUGACGAAACAGCCAAGACCAUUAUGAAAUUUGUUGCUGAUCAAGUCGUCUAUUACAAACAGUUACGUAGUGUUGUGUUUAUUAAUGAAAUCCCUAAAAGUCCCUCUGGAAAAAUCUUGCGUCGCUUGUUGCGUGAUGCAGCUGCUAAAGAAGAGAGUGAAAAGAAAUCAAAAGCAAAACUUUAACUUAUUAAAAAUAUC